AAGAAACUCGAAACCUUCUGAUCUUCUCUUCUACAAUUUGUACCCAACAUAUUACAUCAAAAAAUCAAGAACUAAGAGUUUAACAAUCUUUCAUUUGUAGAUUUUUUUCACAUUUGUAUAAGGGAUUUAAUUUAAAGUUGGGAUUUUUUUCGGUAUGGUAUUGGUACAACACGAGGACGGUGAAAUAAUGCAAGGUGAAAAGAAGAAGGGAAUGCGAGUGGGAAAAUACGAAGUUGGAAGGACUCUUGGUGAAGGAAAUUUUGGCAAAGUGAAGUACGCGAAGCAUGUUGACUCUGGUCAACCUUUCGCUAUUAAGAUUUUGGAGAAGGCUCGAAUCGUUGACCUCAAAUUUAUCGCUCAGAUUAAGAGGGAGAUUGGAAGUUCAAAACUCCUCAAACAUCCUAACGUUGUAAGAUUGUACGAGUUAGAGAACGUCCUCAUUGAUACAAAAGGGAACAUAAAAAUAACGGACUUUGGGCUUAGUGCUUUGCCUCAGCAAUUUUGGGAUGAUGGUUUAUUGCAUACAACGUGCGGUAGUCCCAACUAUGUUGCUCCUGAAAUUCUUUCUAACAGAGGAUAUGACGGUGCGACAUCAGAUACUUGGUCAUGUGGUGUUAUCUUAUAUGUAAUUCUCACGGGUCAAUUACCCUUUGACGAUAAAAACCUCGCAAUACUUUAUAAAAAGAUAUUUAAGGGAGAUGUUCAUAUACCAAAAUGGCUAUCCGUAGGAGCAAAGAAUCUUAUAAAGAGGAUUCUUGAUCCCAAUCCACGUACUCGUAUAACAAUGGCAGAAAUCAAAAUAGACGAAUGGUUUAAACAAGAUUAUGUUCCAGCAAAUCCAUAUGAAGAAGAUUUGGAAUGUGAUCAUAUAUCAACAGAUAAUCAAGUCUUAACAGUACAAGAAUCAACGCCGACUGGCGCGCAAAGACAUCCGGAAUCACAUUCCCUUAUCAAUGCCUUUCAACUAAUAGGGAUGUCAUCUUGUCUAGAUCUUUCUGGAUUUUUCGAGAAAGAGGACAUUUCUGAGAGGAAAAUCAGAUUUACAUCAAAUCUCUUACCAAAACAGUUGCUGGACAGGAUUGAGAAUACAGUAACACAAAUGGGAUUUCAAGUACAAAAAAGACAUGGAAGGUUGAAAGUGUUACAAGAGUACAAAGGACAAAAAUGCCCAUCUACUCUCUCGGUAGUCGCGGAGGUAUUCGAGAUUAUUCCAUCCUUAUAUGUCGUAGAGUUACAAAAAUCUUCAGGGGAUUCUACAGUAUAUAGACAGUUGUGUAAUAGGAUAUCGAGUGAUUUGGGUGUACAACGGACUCAAGAGAUCUUAAUUUAGCUAAUUAUUUGUUGUGAAAUUUAGAAACUUUAAUUCUAAUUUUGUUAUUUUAAUUUCCUCCUCUUCUACAUUUUUUUUUUUUGAAGAGUUGUGAGCAGUAACCACACAGUGAUGUAGUUUGGUUAAUUUAAAUACUUAUUUUGCGUGAGCAAUUA